AUGUCUGGAAGAGGAAAAGGAGGAAAAGGACUCGGAAAGGGAGGCGCCAAGCGUCACCGCAAGGUCCUUCGUGAUAACAUCCAAGGUAUCACCAAGCCCGCUAUUCGCCGUCUCGCCCGUCGUGGUGGUGUCAAGCGUAUCUCUGGAUUGAUCUACGAAGAGACUCGUGGAGUCUUGAAGGUUUUCCUUGAGAACGUCAUUCGUGAUUCUGUCACCUACACUGAGCACGCCCGCAGAAAGACCGUCACUGCGAUGGAUGUUGUUUACGCCUUGAAGCGUCAAGGAAAGACCUUGUACGGAUUCGGAGGUUAA